UAUGUCAAAUUCUUAAGCAAUCGAAAAACUAAAUAAAUUUUGUAUAUAAAUAUAUUUUUUAAGACAUUUUUACUAUUAUUAAUUCAUAGAAAAAAUGAAUGAAAGAUUUGAGUAAAAUCUGUAGGCGAUUCUUUAGAGAGAAUGUCAAAUUGAAAAUAAAAACUUACUUAUCAAGGGAUAAAUUGAGUUAUUAAAAUAACAAAUAAGAGAUCAGAAAUUAAUCAAGCAAUAGCAAGAUCAAGAACUCAGGGAAAUAGAAAAGAUACAAGUUAUGCAAAAUUUGAAGGAAGAAUAGUAGAAGUAGAUUGAGGAGAAGGAGAUCCAAUUGAUCAAACAAAAAAAGGAACUUCAUCUCAGAUUAGAUGCAUGUGAAGACUUAUAAUUUGAGAUAGAACAACAAUAUUAGCAUCUGCAAAUUCAAUAAGAAAAUCAUAAGAUUUUGGAUGAAUCAAUUAAAAGACUGAUGGAUUGUAUUUAAAGGGUUAAGAAACCAAUAAAAAACUAGUUAUUUAACAAUCGAGUUGCUACUUCUCAUUCAUUUGAUGAACGGGCCACUGGUUUUGGGAUUAUGGGAAUGUUUAAGUCUAAAAACAAUGUCGACGAUUAUAUAUAGAGAGUAGAAAAAAUUAAUACUUCUAGACUAUUUGAUCAUUGA